AUGGAUGGGGACAUAGCAACUGGAAAGAUGGCAUCCCCAGACUGCACUGUGGCUCCCCUGGACAGCAUGGAAGUCCUUGACCUCCUGUUUGAUCGGCAGGAUGGCAUCCUGAGAAAUGUAGAGCUGGUUGAGAGCUGGGUCCUUGCCAGAGAGGAGCAGAAAGUUCUACCAAAUUCUGACUCUGAUGAAUUCCUAAAUUCCAUCCUGGGACCUGGAGACUCUGACCCCAGCUCCCCAAUAUGGUCCCCCACUGACAGUGACAGUGGCAUCUCUGAGGACCUCCCUUCAGACCCCCAGGACACCCCUCCUCGUAGUGGCACAGAAGUAGCUAACACGGCUUCCGGGUGUCACACAAGGGAGCAAGGCAAUGGGCCCUGCCCUUCCUAUCUUCGCAGCACCCCGUGUCCUGAGCCUCCAAGGACACAAGUCUGUGAGUCCUCAGUGGCCAUUGACCUGGACAUGUGGAGCACAGACAUUCUGUACCCGGAGGAGCAGGCCGGCUCGCCCUCCCGCUUCAACCUCACUGUGAAGGAAUUGCUGCUGUCUGGUGCCAGCGGGGACUUGCAACAGCAUCCCUUGGCCGCCUCCCAGCUGCUGGGGCCUGGGAGUGGGCACUGCCAGGAGCUGGUGCUGACGGAGGAUGAGAAGAAGUUGCUGGCUAAAGAGGGGGUGACCCUCCCCACCCAGCUGCCUCUCACCAAGUAUGAGGAACGAGUGUUGAAAAAAAUCCGCAGAAAGAUCCGGAAUAAACAGUCGGCUCAAGAAAGCAGGAAGAAGAAAAAAGAAUACAUUGAUGGUCUGGAGAACCGGAUGUCAGCGUGUACCGCCCAGAACCAGGAGCUGCAGAGGAAGGUUUUGCAUUUAGAAAAGCAAAAUUUGUCUCUUCUGGAGCAGCUGAAACACCUGCAGGCGCUUGUGGUCCAGUCAACCAGCAAGCCUGCCCAUGCAGGCACCUGCAUAGCGGUCCUUCUGCUGUCCUUCGUCCUGAUCAUCCUCCCCUCCAUCAGCCCUUUCAACUCCAACAAAGUCGACAGCCCUGGAGACUUCGUGCCGGUGCGAGUGUUUUCCAGAACCCUCCACAACCACGCUGCAUCCCGCGUGGCUCCCGACGUCACCCCAGGAUCCGAGGUCCCAGGGCCCUGGCCCGACGUUGGCACGCCCCACAAUGGCUCUUCCUCCAGCGGCCUCAGUGCAGACUGGGGAAAUUUUCUGGAAAUUCCAAUCCUGGACAACCCAACAGAAGAGCUAGACAACUCCACCCUGGUGCUGGCCAACUCCACAGAGGAGCUGGGACGGGCCACCCUGCCGGACUGGGUGGCUUCAGAAGCACUGUUCAGCCCAGGCUGGGUGGGGCUGGAGAUGCCAGGGGAAAUGUGGCUGUCCUGGGUACCAAGGUGGCUUAGGGUCCGUGUGGUGCAAGAUGCUUUGGGAGUGCUGUGACAGACUGACUUGGACAGCCUCCAUGAGAAGCUGACCUGAUAUGGGUAUAUGGUGGAAAUGGGGUUUCCAGGCACAGGACCAUAAAGGUCCUGGUGUAGAACAAGAACCAGAGUCAUACAUACAUACACUUCACACCUGAACCCUGGCCUCCAACCAGCGAGCCCCUACUCUCCCUGACCACUAGGAGGAUGCUGAGCACACAGGACCUGGGCUUCCCAACACCAAGGUUCAGCCUACAAGCAUCCAUCUUCCUCUUUUGGUGGUCUUACUCUUGUAGACCAGGCUGGCCUUAGAUUUAGAGGUCUACCUGCUUCUGCAUCUGAGUACUGAGAUUAAAGGUGUGUGCACCACCCCCUUUUCUAAGACUGUGCAACCUUCAAUAA